AUGUCGAGAUCUUUUACCGGCUGCACAAGAUGUAAAGCGCGACGCCAGAAAUGUGACGAGCAAAGGCCCAUAUGUGGGCGCUGCCAGUCCGCUGGCGUCCAGUGCAAGUACGCCAUGCAGUUGCAGUGGGGUGGGCGUGCCUUUUCGCGAUCGCGAUUCGGGGCCUGCGUGGACACAGGGAACAUGCAGAGAUUGGAGUACUCGCCAGGGGAGUUUAUCUAUACCACCAAGUCGGCACAAGCGCAGGCGCAGGCGCAGGCGCAAGCACAAGCACAAGCACAAGCGCAAGCCCAAUCGCAAGCGCAGGCUGCCUCGCAAUUGACUCUAGUGCAACACGUCGAUCCCUUCUCCUCCCUCUCGUCCGAUCAAAGAGCCCUGUUGCACCAUUUCAUAAACGAUGCGUCCCAAAUAACCGCGAGCCACUCGGGCAUGCAGCAAGAUAUCUGCCGGAUGAUUGUGCCCAUGGCCCUCCAGACCCCGUCCUUACUCUACGCCACCACAGCCUUAUCUGCAAUUCAUAUUCAAGCCCUUCAUAAUCAAUCUGAAAGCGUGAAAACGGCACCAGAUAUUGCUCGGUUGAUGGGGCUCAGUCUGGAACACUUCCGAAAAGAGCUACAGAACCCCUCCUCUACAGAUUCGGAGGCGCUGGUAGCGACAGCCCGAACUCUCUGUCUAGCAGAGAUCCAUUCUGGAGCAAUUCAUCCAAAUUCAUGGCGAGCCCAUAUUGAGGGCGCAAGGGCAUUGAUGAAGACACUGGGUACGACAGGGGAAAAUUCGCUUCGGACGGAGAGUGGCUUUCGUCGAUACUUGGACCGCUGGUACUGGUCAAUCGUGUCGCUGACAGCGUUGACAGGGAAUGGACCUCCCAUCGGAGAUCCAUCAGACUUUGCGCCGUCGGAUUUGGCGGGGCAAAGGGACUCACCGGACUACCUGGAUGACUACUGGGGCUUCACGGUUGACCUAGCAGCUGUCUUCCGACAGAUUGGAGCCGCCGCCUGGAGAAGCCACCAAGCCGAGAAAGAAAUCCAGAGUCAGGGUUUUAUCACGGGCGAGAUUGAUGGUGAUGCCGAAGAUGAAGCCGCUGCGCUGGAGUCAUCAAUACGAGAACUCAUGGAUCGAGGUGCGACCUCGCAACCCUCGUUCUAUCCGGGGGUGGCAGAAGGGCUUUCAGCAGAGAGUGUCCAGCAUCUUGCACUCUGCAACGAGGCAUUCCAACAUGGCGCUUUGAUCCAGAUUCACAGACGACUUCGCAAAACGCCGACUACUUCAGUUCUCGUGCAGCAGUCGGUGCAACGGAUCCUGGAGUGCACGGCUCAGAUCGGACCAUCUGCUGGUCUGAGUCCAUGGGUAAUGUUGACGACUCCACUAUUUAUUGCGGGUUGCGAGGCACUUGGUGAAGAUCGCGAUACAGUGCGGCAGCUGUUGGCAUCAUUACAUGAUACCAUUCGGGUGCCGAAUGUAUUGCAGUCUUUGAAGUUCCUCGAACAGUAUUGGGCGAAUCAGCUGAGCGAGGACGAGGAUUGGAGUCAUUUCUUGGAUCGCAUGAGAAUUGACUUCAUCCCUUACUAA